GCAAACGUAGCAAACACGGUGGUGGAUAUGCUGCAUGUGUGAAUUAGAUUCAAAUGUCAAAAUAAAGCGACGAUGUGGGACCGACGUGAGAAGUAAACAAAUCAACACGUUCUAAAAUGAUAACAAACUAUUUGGUAGGAAAAUUCGUGUUGUUCGUAGAUCACACGAAUCUCGAGGCAAUAUCCGAAAAACUGUUAACGUCCUCGCUGACAACGUCGCAGAUAGUAAACAUUGUGUCACUUCAACCAAUCGUGUCAUUAUCCUCACAACCCAUUUCCAUACCGACUGCAUUCGCUCAAUCCCGAUCGGAAUCUACUUUAUACCUGCCACUAGCCGAAUUGUGCCAAACCUACAAGAUUUGUGACAUUUUCAAACUAAUUCAUCGCCAUAAAUCACAACAAACGGUGAAACAAAUAAUCGGAUGGAUUAGCGUAAAGAAUGUCGAGAGUGACUUCCACGUUCCAUAUUUCGAAUAUCUGGCGAAUGUUGUGGUGACAAUAAAAGAUUCCGUAAAUCUUUCCAUUGUGUCAAGAAAAUCGAGUGGAUCGGUGACGAAGAAAUUGUUUCAAUAUCAAUGUCGCGAUGGCCAGCUGCAUGUGAAAGAGGUGAAACAGGAGAUUGUAAACAAAGUUGUGGAACCGACAAUAGAACCGGAGAGUUUAACGACAUUCAAAAUCAAUGUGGAUGAAGAGGAACUAGUGGCAAGAAAUGCGCUGAAGUUGCCGUAUGAAAGAUCAAGUGAUAACGAACCACAACAGAGUAAGAUCAUCUACCAUCCAGAUUCUGACGACGAUGUCGACGAAGAAGAUCCAGAUGAUGACUUGGACAUUUAGGUGAAGUUAUUGAAGAAACAUUCGAAAAUUGUUGCACUUUACACCAAGUGUUUAAGGUGAAUAAAACAAAAAAAAAAUUAAGCAGAAAAACGA